AUGCCAUUAACACCGAGUCCAACUCCGACUCACAAGAAGGUGAAUUUUCUUGUGACUUCACGUUCUGUUGAUGCUGCUCCAAUUGUGGAUAGUGAUAGUAACAAUCUAGGGAAUUUGACCACAAGAGGAAAAUCGUCGAGUGCUAGAAGUAUUAUGCCGAAAUUGAACUUUCCGUAUAAUAGGACUUCAUCAUCUGAUGUUGAAAAGGCGAUAAGUUUGGCUCCGGAAAGUCCUUGUGAGAAGCCUUCUGUCUCUGGAUCAGGAUCAGUGUCUUUGAGUAAGCUGUUUGCUCCUAAGAUUUAUAGAACUUCUUCGCUACCGGUUGAAGAAAUCGGGCGUGUUAAUAAUGAGUUUGCUUUUGGUGGAUGUCUUGGUGCUUCUCCAUAUAGAAGCCAGGGAUCGAUAGCUCGCACUCGUUCAGAGCCGGUAGAUAGCAAAGAAAAAAUCAUAAGGAAAAUGGAUAAGUUUUUCCGCAUUAUUCCUUCCACCCCAGGUGCAAAGGAAGUUAAAGAAUGGUUAAAAGCUUCUGCAGAAAAGGAUACAGAAAAUGGCGGUGAUGACGGUGAAGAUAUAGCUGAAGAGGAAGCUGUGUGUAGGAUUUGUCUGAUUGAGCUAUGUGAAGGAGGUGAGACGCUGAAGAUGGAAUGCAGUUGCAAAGGUGAACUUGCAUUGGCUCACCAAGAAUGCGCUAUCAAGUGGUUCAGUAUCAGGGGUAACAAGACAUGUGAUGUGUGCAAGCAAGAAGUUCAGAAUCUCCCUGUCACUCUCUUACGCAUCCAAAAUGUUCAAACUCAGAAUACCGGAGCAAGGUCUCAGCAGGAAGACGACUUCAGGGUUUGGCAGGAGUUACCUGUGCUUGUCAUUGUCAGCAUGCUUGCUUAUUUCUGUUUCCUUGAGCAGCUUUUGGGAAGUUUGUCGCCAAGACGCCUUGAUACAUAUCCAAAUUUGAUUAGGUUUCUCCUUAGCGGAAAGUGA